GCUUUGGUUCUAUUUUUAAGGUCAUUAAAUAAAAUUUUGGUAUAAUUCCAAUUCCACCGCUGCGACGAGAGAGGAGCACAGAGAUCUCUCGUUUCGUUUUUCCCGGAAAAUCUGGGGAAAAAUAAUAAGCAAAAUUUUCCAUCGAUUCUCUGAGAAAAUUCGACUCUCUAGUCCACGAGUUUUUUUUCACCUCUCUCUUUUCGUUAAUCUCUCUCAACGCCUCUUCACCAUUUCCUUGUAUUCACUUUUUUCUCCUCUUUUUUUUCUUUUUUUUUUUGAAUCUCUCCUCCUUCACCGUUCCGAUUUCUUGUUCCUCUACUUGAUGAUGCAAUUUUGAUCAGAUCUAGUGUAGUAUAGGUAGGAUUUUCCCAGAGAGUUAUGUUUAUGGAUCGAGAGAGACGGAGUUCUGGUCGUAAUGGGACUCCUGAAUAUAGCAACGGCAAAUUCCGCGAUGAUAAUGGUUAUGGAUUCAUAGAUCGAUUGGAAAAUUGCCGUGAGAAGAGUCCUUCUAGAUCGAAGAUCCUUCGGAUCCCGUCGCCGACCUCGUCUCCUCCACCUUCUAGUUCUUCUCCGCCAUUUCAUGGUUCCAAUUCGCCUGACCGUGGAUACAUCGAACACCGCAUCUCCAAGUUUGAUACUCUCGCCGGCAUUGCCAUCAAAUACGGUGUUGAGGUUGCAGAUGUGAAAAGGAUGAAUAACCUUGUUACUGAUCUUCAAAUGUUUGCUCUCAAGUCUCUUCAGAUUCCGUUACCUGGGAGACAUCCUCCUUCUCCAUGUUUAUCUAAUGGCUCCUUAAACCAUGGAGAGGGAUGUUCAUGCCACGAACCGGAAUCACCAAACCAUUGCGACCAGGAAGUGUUUGACUCAUUUCAGUCUCUGAGAUUGAAAUCUUCGGAAAAGAAAGUUUCUCCAGCCAUGUACUCAUUGCAAGGUUAUUACGGGCUAAAACCUGCAGAUAGAACAGUUUCUGAUGGAGGAUGCUUGGAGAUGGGAAAUUACAAAACGGAAUCUUCUCAUCAUCUCUUUAACAAUGGUGAUAACGGAUAUCUCAGACCUUUCCCAUCCACAAAUACUCCCUUGAAUCACCACAGGAAAUCAAGAAGCUUGGUCAAUGCGCUUAUCGAAGAGGUUAACCAAUCACCCGAUAAUAAUACUCAAGAACCAAACUCCGAUAAGUUUAUGAGAAGACGCCAAAAAUCUGAGGCCGAUUUUUCAUCCCGGACUCCAGAACUUGUGUUGAAAGAAGAGAACAGUAGCAGCAAUGGCGGGUUUUUAUCAAUAGCCGGAAAAGGCUUAGCUUUGAGAUCGAAAGCUUCAAGCAGAACCAAUCUAGCAGCAGAAUCUGAGACCGGUAACUUCAAUCCAGUGCCAAUGAACUUGAUGGAUGCUCCAGUUGCAGACAGCUUUAGCAGUGUAAGAAAAUCGUCGAGUGCAUCGAGUCUACAAGAUCCAGAUGGUAACAGCAAUAACGGUUCGUUGUCUCUAUGGCCAACUUCAAAGUGGAGCUUGAAACCUGAUUUGCUUACACCAGCGGCUAUUACAAGCUCCAUCUUUGAUGGAUUACCAAAGCCUUUAACAGGACGGAGAAAUAAAACGGCUCUGGACUAAAAAAGGUCAGUUUCUGGUUAUUUUAACUACCUUGUUCAUUUUUUGGGGACUAUUCAAAUCAAUUGUCAAAAGAAGCUAUUUAGCUUAAGGCGGAGUAAAUACAAAAGUAAAGAGAUUAGAGAAAAAAAAUUGGAAGGAAGGAAGAAAGAAAAACUUCCAAAAAUUGAAAUUUAUAAAGAAGCUUCUGAUGAUGUAAUGAUUGGGUCUUUUUUUUUUUUUGUAAGUUUAUAUUCUGUACCAUUUUCUGGGUGCGGUUGUAUCGACAAAAUCUGUAGCGUAGUUUUACUUUUAUUUUUAAUUAAUGAUACAUUGUCACAACACAUACUAAAAUGUAUUUUCUAUGCAUUCAUUUAAUAAUGCUUUUAUUAAAGUACAAAGGCUCAUUCAUUCAA